UUUCAGAUGAAGUCGCUGUUACUUCUUUUCUUACUUUUUCUACAUACGUUAUGCGAAAAUGUCACCACUCCAAACUCCGAGGAAGACACUGACAUGACAGCAACACCAUCAACGAUAACUCCAUUGCUCUCAACAGCACAAAACCCGAGUCUUCCUAAAACGUCAAAACUACCAUUAGCCUUAAAAACUCCUGUCCCAACAUUCCCAUUUUCUUCUCUAGCAACAUCGGACUGGCUUUCAUCAAUGCCUACUAUUCAAACAUUACUGCCACCCCCGUUACCAUUGACAACCCUUGAAGUUCCUGAAAAUGAAAAUUUCGGGUUCACUUCUCUUGCGCCACUAUGGACAUUGCCAACACAGCCCCCAGCAUGGAGUCCGAUGCUAGACUCACCAAUCAAACCAAUUCAGAAUUCAAUGUUUCCAACUUUUCCUACAAUGCCAACACUCCCUACUCUUCCUACUCUUGCCCCUUUCACUUUUCCAACUCUUCCACCACCAACAACAAUGAAACCAUUAAAUAUAACUAUUGAUCCGGAAGCUUUAAUGGAUGUGCCGGAGAUAAUCACUCACUGGGGAUAUCCGGUCGAAACGCACAAAGUCGUCACAGUGGACGGUUACAUUCUCACAUUGCAUCGCAUCCCGCACGGCAAAAAUGAGACCUCUAAAUCCGCUUCAAAAACGCCUAAACCGGUCGUUUUCUUGCAACACGGACUGCUUUGCACCUCUUCUAUUUGGCUACUCAAUCUUCCGAGACAAUCCGCCGGCUACAUCUUCGCCGAUCAAGGUUAUGACGUCUGGCUUGGAAAUAUGAGAGGCAAUACUUACUCAAAGGAACACACGAGAAUGACUUCAGCUGACCGUAGAUUCUGGAAAUUCAGUUGGGAAGAGAUGGCUAGAUAUGAUCUACCUGCAAUGAUUAAUUAUGCCCUUAAGACUACAAAACGACAAAAUUUGUAUUAUGUGGGGCAUUCACAAGGUGCACUCACAAUGUUUGCAAAAAUGAGUGAAGACCCGGAAAUGUCGAAGAAAAUUCGAAAAUUCUUUGCAAUGGCUCCAGUUGCCAGAAUGUCACACGUUAAGGGGCUAUUUCAAAAUCUGGGACAGAUUUAUGAACAAUAUAAUUUAGUCUACCAAGUUUUUGGAGAUGGCGAGUUCCUGACCAACAAUAUUUUCACUAAACUAUUAACUGAUAUUUUUUGCGACCAAGCGGUGAAUAAUCCACUUUGCGAGAAUUUUAUCUUUGCCGUUUCUGGACCAAACAGUAAUCAAUUCAAUAACUCGAGAAUUGGAAUAUACUUAGCACACAAUCCAGCUGGCACGUCUUCUAGAAAUAUUCUUCAUUUUGCACAAAUGGUCAAGAAAAAGCGUAUGUCUAGAUUCGAUCAUGGAAAAGAUUUGAAUUUGAAAAUUUACGGAGCUCCUUCUCCCCCAGAAUAUGAUAUUCGUAAAAUCAACAGCUCAAUUUAUUUAUUCUAUUCUGAUUUUGACUGGUUAGCAAAUCCAAAAGAUGUCGAAGGAUUUUUAAUUCCAAUGCUGCCAUCGAAAACUCUCAAAAAAGCCACAAAACUUCGAGAUUUCAAUCACAACGAUUUUCUAUGGGGAAUGAGAGCAAGAAAGGAAAUUUAUGACAAAAUAAUAAACACCAUCAAAUUGGAUCAAAGAAGAGUGAAGUUGCAAAAUAGUAUGGAGAGAUUCUUUGAAAGGCAAUCACGAAAUUCAACUUCCGGUCUUGAUGAAGAAACGAUGAUGAGGUUACGAAAUGAAACGAUGAAUCUAGACUAAAACGAAUUUGUUGUUUUGAUUUCUUUUUUUUUUAAAGUAGUUUUCAGAUCUCUUCCAGAUACUAUUUCGUAAUAGUUGUUUCCCUUCACAUAUGAAACUGAUCGGGUUUUUAUUGUUUUUAUCAUGAAUAAAUCACUCAAAACAUUA